GAUUUGAAUAGUUUUAAGCUAUUUUUCCUCCUCUCCUGGUUUCGCUGGAUACCAUCGCCUCCUUUCGCGUCCGAAACCCUCGCGGUACAGUCGCAGCAAGGAAGGCAACGAUGGGAUUGCGGCGUACAAAGAUGUCGGAAUCUCCCGUAUAACUGCCUUUUCUACUCCGCUCCAACCCGUCAAACCCUCGUCUUUCUCCUCCUUCCUCACAGUUCCCGCAAAUCCACCUUCCAACGAGAUUUUCUAAAUCCGGUAUUUAAGGCAAAACGGUGGAGAAACGGGAUGUAAGAUGCUGUAGGAUUUACUAAUUCCUGCUACCAAACAGCCACCGAGCGAGCGUGACGCGUCCACCCUCCUUCAAUCUUGGCCUAUGUAAGCCAGCAAAGAUGGAAUGGAAUGACUCCGAGAGGAAGACCUCAUCGUCAUUAGGCUACAAGCUCGUCCCUUGGGUGAAUUGGGACGAAUGGAACUAUGUCAGGAGAUCAAUUUUCUCAUCCUCCCCUAACUUAAUCUCUGCGGCUCUUCAGAAGAUAUCAGCCUGGGAAAGCAGAGGUUGCCUGCCUAUUGCAAUUAAUUUGACAGCUGUAAUUAUCGAAAUUCACCAGAAAGAUCCAUUUUUUAGAAAAGAUGGUUCCAUUGGUGAUGCUCUUGCCUCCGAGAAGAUGCUAAACAUGUUAUAUUGCAUGUUCAUCUUGAGACUCGUCAAUGAUUUUGUUGAGCCUGCGCACAAGAAAACUGGGCGCUCGAUAUCCGAUUUAGCCGAUGCAGUUGGUAUUCCACGAACUCUUGUUGAUAUUCGUCAUGAGAGUUCUCAUCGUUGUCUUCCUUCACUCAAGCUGGUUCGUGCAGCCAGUGCAAAGGCACUUGAGUGGCUAAAGAUUAAUUACUGGGAACCUCAAAGAAUUGCAGUUUAUGAUUCUAGAAGAAAAGUAAAAUCUAGAUUACGUGAGAUGAUCUUAUGUUUAGCAUCCCAUCAUGGUUCAAGGGUGAAUUCUGCAAAGACUAAAAGAAAAGGUUGCAAAAGAACUUCACAUCUGGUGACAUGCCAUAAACUCUCACAUACAAGCAGAAAGCUUCUGUCUUCAAAAUCAGAUGCUCCAACGGUACAAAUUUCCAAGGUUACCAAAAGAGUUGCUCAUCUCUACGCUUUGUAUCCAUCAGAAGUUGUGUCAUUGUUGCUUGAAAUGUUCCUCUCACAAGCAUCCAAUAUAUCGGCUGCCGUUGACAUGGAAUGCUCUGAUGGUUCCGACCCCUGUAAUUCAAAUCCAGUUGGUUUCUCUUCAACUAAUUUAAAAGUGGUAAUAACUAAACUCUCCAAUCGGAAACCUCGGUUUUUACUUAGCAUGCUGAAGAUGAUCCUCGAGAUGAUUGAAGAAAAGGGUUCCAGAAACUUUGAAAUUGAUUCAAACCUCUUUCUUUCCUCACAAAACCAGUUCGAGAUAAACCAAGCUUCUGAUCUUCGUUCACUGCUUCCCUUUCUUAUAAGAAAUCUUAAAGCAUUGAAGGAGUCUAGGAAAAUAGGGUUCAUUGAAGAAAAUCAAAUUCUUUCUACACACAAUAUCACUACACCAAAUAUUCACCUCUCAAACCUUCUCCAUAAAUUCCUCGCUUUGUUGGAUCCGAGUGACAAGCAUCUAUUGAAGUCAGUUCUACUUCUUUCUGAGAUGAGCGGAAACAGAUUUCUGACCGAGAAACUCAAGAAACUCUUUAUGUCAGCAUCUUUGGACCAAGACCUGGAUUCCUUCGCCACUUUAGGCUGUAAUGAGAGCUUCCUAUUAAAAGAGGAAGAUUCCAUAAAGAAAGCAGAAGAAAGAUUGAAUUAUCUUAAGUCACUCCUGAACGAUAAACUUAGAGAUACUAGACAUAGAAGCAGUAACUCUGAUGCAACAACUAGGUGGACGCUCACCAAAUCAUGGGUAGCAUGCCCCCUUGGCAUGUUGCCUUGCUCAUUCAGCUCUACUGCAGUUCUUUCAAGUUUUGAUGUCAUGGAAGUUGAAAGAGAGCCGGAUAAAUCUGAAACAAUUAUCCAUGAUGUUAGGAAGGGCUGUGCUGCUGAUGAAAACGAAAUGGUUUGUGAUGAUAAUGAAUCUCUGGAUGAUGUUUAUUUUGUAAAAAAAUUGAAACUAACAACAGAAAAUGAAGGUUGGCUUGCACCAGAGAAUCCUUCCUCCCCCAUGAAAGGCAGGCUGUUAAUUGGUGGUGUAUGGAAGAAGGUAAGCGAUGAAGAGUUAGUUUCUUUGGAAACGGAUAUCAGGACUUUCAUGUAAGUGGAUGUUUAUUGAUAUAGGGCCAUAUUUAUUUGGGGCAUUUACAUUCGUACCACUUGAUUCUUAUAUAUUUACAUAUUUAACA